CUCCGCCUCCUCCUGCAGUGGCCAGCGCACUCUGAGGCUGUCUAGAAAAGCGUGCACUGUUCGUCUUUCCGGCGCCUCUAUCAUACCUUUCCUCAUAAAGCAAUCAAAAUGCGUGAAUGUAUCUCAGUACACGUGGGUCAGGCUGGUGUCCAGAUGGGCAAUGCAUGCUGGGAACUCUACUGUCUGGAGCAUGGGAUCCAGCCUGAUGGUCAGAUGCCCAGUGACAAGACCAUUGGAGGAGGAGAUGACUCCUUCAACACCUUCUUCAGUGAGACUGGAGCUGGCAAGCACGUUCCCAGGGCUGUGUUUGUGGAUCUGGAGCCCACUGUCAUUGAUGAGGUGCGCACAGGAACUUACCGCCAACUCUUCCAUCCUGAGCAGCUGAUCACUGGGAAGGAGGAUGCAGCCAACAACUACGCCCGUGGGCAUUACACCAUCGGCAAAGAGAUCAUAGACAUGGUUCUGGACAGGACUCGCAAACUGGCUGACCAGUGCACUGGCCUCCAGGGCUUCUUGGUCUUCCACAGCUUUGGAGGUGGCACCGGUUCCGGUUUCACCUCCCUGUUGAUGGAACGCCUGUCUGUUGACUAUGGCAAGAAGUCCAAGCUUGAGUUCUCCAUCUACCCAGCUCCUCAGGUGUCCACAGCUGUUGUUGAGCCCUACAACGCCAUCCUGACCACCCACACCACCCUGGAACAUUCAGAUUGUGCUUUCAUGGUAGACAAUGAGGCUAUCUAUGACAUCUGCCGUAGGAACCUCGAUAUUGAGCGUCCCUCCUACACCAAUCUUAACAGGUUGAUUGGCCAGAUUGUGUCUUCCAUCACUGCUUCCCUCCGAUUCGAUGGUGCCCUCAAUGUUGAUCUGACAGAGUUCCAGACCAACUUGGUGCCCUAUCCCCGUAUCCACUUCCCCCUGGCCACCUAUGCCCCAGUGAUCUCAGCAGAGAGGGCUUACCAUGAGCAGCUCUCUGUGUCUGAGAUCACCAACGCUUGCUUUGAGCCAUGUAAUCAGAUGGUGAAAUGUGACCCACGUCACGGCAAGUACAUGGCCUGCUGUCUGCUGUACCGUGGUGACGUUGUGCCCAAAGACGUUAACGCUGCCAUUGCCACCAUCAAAACAAAACGCUCCAUCCAGUUUGUAGACUGGUGCCCAACUGGUUUCAAGGUUGGUAUCAACUACCAGCCCCCAACUGUGGUACCUGGUGGAGAUCUGGCCAAGGUCCAGAGGGCAGUGUGCAUGCUUAGCAACACCACUGCUAUUGCAGAGGCCUGGGCCCGCCUUGACCACAAGUUUGACCUGAUGUAUGCCAAGCGUGCUUUCGUGCACUGGUACGUAGGUGAGGGUAUGGAGGAGGGAGAGUUCUCUGAAGCCAGGGAAGACAUGGCUGCCCUGGAGAAAGAUUAUGAGGAGGUGGGUGUCGACUCCAUUGAGGGAGAGGGAGAGGAGGAGGGAGAGGAGUAUUAAAUACCCUGCCAAAUUCACACAUUCCUAUGUGACCCAGAGCUGAGAAUGACUGAAUUGUUUCCACUACACUCUUCGAAAAAGGGUUCCAAAAGGGUUCUUCGACCGUCCCCAUAGGAUAACCCUUCUUGCUUCCAGGUGAAUCAUUUUUGGUUCCAGGUAAAAUCCUUUUGAGUUCCAAAAGGGUUCAACCGUGAACCAAAAAGGGUUCUUCAAAGGGUUCUCCUACAGGGACAGCCAAAGAACCCUUUUAGGUUCUAGAUAGCACCUUUUUUUCAAAGAGUGUAUGAUCCUGCCUUGAACAACCAAUAUAAUGAAGUAGCAGGAUGGUUAGGUGUAGUCUACAAGUCUUAAUAUAUGCUCACUCACAAAGGCUGAUGUCCUUGCUUAAUCUAUGCUUUUGUAGCGAGAUCCUAAUAAAAUUAUCAUCAAUAAAGAA